GGCCUGACGGCGCCUGUUCGCCGUGCAUACGUCCUCCUCAUAAGACUGGUCUAAAUGUCGGGCAUUUGGACGGCACUCCUCAUCUUGCCACUGCAACGAUGCUUGUGGAUACCACGGCUCUUAUCAUUCUGCCCUCCGUCAUAGGUCUCCUUUCUGUGGGACAUCUGACUUAUACGAAGCUGCUACCUUACGACUCAGCUGCAGCUGGACAAUCGCAGACUGGGAAUGUCGACAGGCUGGCCAGGCGGGAUUUAGCGGAUACGACCAGUGUCCUGCGCGCCCUCCGGCUCCUCGCCAGUCUUGUUCUACUGCUUCUAGCAGCUUUGCAGGUGCUCCAGGGUGGAAGUCCGGGGGCGUGGCCCUUUGUAGCAUUCGCAUUCUACGCUUACGCUACAUGGCUUUGCCUAGCAUCCAUGCGCGGUAGCCAGCCGUGGAAGCACACCGCAGAUACGCAUGUGUUCUGCCUGUUCUUCGCAUGUUUCCUGCUCGACUUCUACUCGGUGGUCUAUCCUCUCGCUCUUGUCGAUGGCCGUACACCAACCUGGCCGGCCGUUCUGCACUGCAUCAGCACGUUGGUAGGGGGCGUCGUGAUUCCUCUGUGUUUACCUGGUGCACCGUCAUCGGAUCCCCGCAAAUCCGCCUCUUGGUUCUCAUACCUGACUUGGGGAUUCUUGGACCCUAUGGUGGUACAUGCUACUCGCCAUCGGCAGGUUCCAGACGAGAAGCUCUUACCUCUAGAAGAGAGGGAUGAUGUAGAAUUUUUGGCUGAACGCUAUUUCAAGAGAAUGGAUCGCACGAAACCCGCGGAGAGCUGGGACAUCGCCUGGAACUUGAUUUCCGUGUUCAAGUGGGAUUUCGUCGCUAUGUUCCUCAAUGGAAUAGGCAACACUCUAGCGACCUUCAUUGCACCCAUUGGUAUCCAGCAAUUGUUGUUGUAUCUAGAAGGGGGUGGCCAUGAGUCACCCAUUCGACCAUGGGUUUGGGUUGUAUGGAUAGGCAUAUCUCCCAUGCUUCGGUCACUCUUCGGCGAGUGGUACGUUCAGAACUCCGCCCGUACCCUCGUUAGAGCAGAAGCCAUUGUCGUUCGGUUGGUCUUCGAGCAUGUCUUACGCAUGCGAGCAAGCAUGUCUACAUCUGGGCGGUCCGAGGUUGUGAUGCCGAAAACAAAAUCAUCGGACAUGACAAGGCAAAGAAUGGGCAUGAUAAACAACUUGGUCACGGGUGACGCUGCCGCAAUCACAAAAGGCGUCGACUGGGUCCAAUGCGUUAUGGCCAUCACGCAGGUGAUUGGCAGCACAGUGUACCUUUAUCUCAUCCUCGGUUGGAGCUCCCUUGUAGGAACCGCGGUCUUAGUUGUCAGCUUACCGGUGCCGAUUUGGGUUGCCAAAAUGCGGCUGAGCGCACAACGGCGCAAGAUGGAGGCUUCUGAUCACCGUGUACAAAACGCCACAAGAAUCCUCAACGUCUUGAGGACAAUCAAGUUGUUCGCAUGGGAAGAGAAGGCGCUGAAUAAGCUCUUCAAGUUUCGAAACGAUGAAAUUGCCCGAAUCCGCCACAAUGGGAUAUUGGAACUCAUCGCGUAUAACGCGAACAAUAUACUUCCUCUGUGUAACCUCCUUGUUACGUUCGGAACCUACACCCUGAUAAUGAAGGGGGAGCUUACAUCUUCGCGAGUUUUUACCGCAAUCUCCAUUUUCUCCAUCUUGCAAGCCAAGUUGAAUCAGACGGCUUUCUUAUUGCCAUCGAUGAUCAAUGCCAAAGUGUCCUUAGAUCGUCUCACGCGCUUUAUGAAGGAAACUCGGUCUAUUCCUGGGAAAGUAUUUCAAGCAACUUCCGAGACAAUCCCUUCAGACAUAGGCGUCCAAUCCACCUACUUCACCUGGCAUGAGAUGUCCUCAUCAGAGGUCCAGACGGAUGCUCGCGAGUUCAAACUUACCGUGGAGGGAACCAUUCGCAUCCGCGCGAAAGCUAUGACAGCAAUCGUUGGUCCAACAGGCAGCGGCAAGACAUCGUUUUUAAUGGCCUUGGGGGAGAUGUAUUGUCAUCCGUUGGGUACAGACUCCUGGUACAACCUUCCCUUGGAAUAUGGCGUGGCAUAUGCUACACAGGAAACCUGGGUCUUGAAUGACACCAUCCGCAACAACAUCAUUUUCGACAGUGCAUUCGAUGAAGCGCGAUAUCACAAAGUCCUCGAGCAGUGUGCUCUUAUACAAGACAUCAAUUCUUUUCCAUAUGGCGAUCUUACGGAAGUGGGCGAGAAGGCCCGUGUGACUUUGGCCCGGGCAGUUUAUUCUUCAGCUCGCAUUUUGCUACUGGAUGACGUCUUUGCCGGGCUUGAUGUGCAUACCGCACGUUGGGUGGCCGAACAUUGUCUUAAAGGGGAUCUCGUUCGGGAUCGCACCGUAAUCCUCGUCACCCACGAUCUAGCACUGGUCAAAGGAUCCCUGGACAGUGUCAUUCAGAUCAGUGACGCAGGAGAUGCUGUCCAAAUGCAAGCCUCAGCCAUCGAUGUUUCAAGUUUCGACGGUUUGGUCGCAGGAAGUCAAGGCCACACUGAGGCCGAACCACAAAUCGCCAGCGAGUAUGCCGAAACCGAGAACUCCACUGGGGGUAAAUUGAUCGCGGAGGAGACUACAACUUAUGACGCAGCCGGAGUUCGGAUAAUAGGAUUCUAUCUGGUGAACGCCGGCGGUCCGAUAUUCUGCGCCGUCAUCUAUCUACUUGUCUUUGCGGAGGUCGCGGUCUCCCUCUAUCAGCCGUUCUUCCUGGGCCGGUGGGCUGAACAGUAUAACACUAGGGAUCCCUCCUCCGUACCGGCCGAGAAAUAUCUUGGUGGUUUUGCCGUUUUACUCCUGGCACAACUUGUGUUGCGGACUGUCAAAGCGGCAUUAUGGCUGAGAGGGGGCCUCCGUGCAUCUGUCAACAUCCACCAAAAAUUGAUGGAGUCGGUUCUGUAUGCCACCUUCAGAUGGCUAGACAAAACGCCCAUCGCUAGAGUGAUAACUCGCUGCACACAGGAUAUCAAUUCUGUUGACACUAGCUUACCGUCAAUCAUCAUGCAAGAAUUAGUGAUGAGCACGGGCAUAAUGCUCAAGCUCCUUGCCAUAUUCUUGGUCGUGAAAGAUGCCUUUCUGGCUGGUGUCGUAAUGUUGGCUAUGGCACUUGUUGUUGGACGCGGGUAUAUUAGGGUUCAAGCUGCACUCAAGCGUAAACAGAGUAUCGCCAAAUCCCCCGUUCUAAGCCUCUUCGGCACGACUUGCUCAGGACUCACUUCUAUCCGAGCGUAUGGCGCUCAAAAACGUUUCACUGGGGAGUUAACGAGGAGAAUCAAUAUCUACACACGCGCGUCGCGCAACUUCUUCAACUUGAAUCGGUGGAUUGAUGUCCGAAUCGACGCACUGGGCUCAGUCUUUUCCAUCGCCGUGGCCGCGGCCGUACUAUAUACCCCGGCGAUUCGGGCAGGGGAAGCUGGUUUCGCGUUAUCUCAGGUACUUGCCUUUUCUGGCGAUGUAUUUUGGUUCGUGAGGGUGUGGAACGUGGUGGAAGUUGAAUGUGACUUGGAGAGAAUCAAGGAUUACAUUGACAUCGUUUCGGAGCCGCGGCACACUCCACAAGGUGUCCCCCCAGCAUACUGGCCUGCUUCAGGAUCUUUGCGCGCGCAAAGCCUUUGCGCUCGAUACGAUCCAGAUUCAAACGAUGUCUUACACGACAUCAGUUUUGACAUCAAAGCAGGCGAGCGGGUCGCUGUAGUUGGCAGGACAGGAAAUCUGGCUCUGGCUUUGCUACGAGCAAUGCUCACGAGAGGCAAAGUAUAUUAUGACGAUAUCGACAUUCACCAGGUUAAUCUGGAUGCUCUGCGAUCCCAUAUAACAAUCAUUCCACAAAACCCCGAACUGUUCGCUGAUACACUGCGCGAGAACCUGGACCCCUUUGGCGAGCACGACGAUGCAACCUUGAACGAGGCUCUGAUGGAUGCGGGCUUGGUCGAGCGUGAAGGCUUCAAGGAAAACGCUGGCAUCACUUUGGAUUCCAAAGUUGACGAAGGGGGUGCAAAUUUCUCCCUUGGGCAACGGCAGAUAAUCGCACUUGCUCGCUCUAAGUUGCGCAAGAAUAAAUUAGUGAUCAUGGACGAAGAUCAUGCAAGAGACAUCACAUUGCAAAGUUCCAUCCGCGAUAGUUUCGGUUCGGAUGUCACGAUAUUCACCAUUGCGCAUCGACUUCGAACUGUGAUGGACUACGACACUAUCAUGGUCAUGGAUGCUGGCAAUAUUGUCCAAUGCGCAUCGCCUAAGGAGUUGCUUGAGGCCACGGAAGGCAUAUUCCGAGAAAUGGUGGAGAAAUCACACGACCGAGACUUGCUAUUCGAUCUCGUGAAAUGAGAAUUAUGGUCCCAAGGCGACACCUGGCGGCAUCAGAAAGCAACGGGGAACCAAUCAAUGAUGCUAAUAUUCGUACAUAAAUGCAAGUGGCUCGACCUCGACAACAUGAAGGAAUUAUCAGACAUGAAUAACUUAAUCCAAUAAAAAGUCCCAUCUCAAUGAAGGGAGGAACGGAUUGAUACAAAGCGCGUCGUACCGGCGUCUGCGGUACGUAUACGGUCCUCAGGCAAGUCUGAAACAACCCCAGCCCAAAACUGCACAACAUGAGCGAAGGCCCACAGGCAGCUUCACGGACUGAACAGGCCAACAGCUUCGAACGCUUGGGCUGCACAGAACUUCAGUUGGGUCUGAUUCGAUCUAACGGGCUUGUGGGCUCACUGAUGUUUCCGACAUUGACCACCGCGUUGUUUGGGGAGUGAAAGAACUCGUAAGCGGGUGUCCACACUUCCGAGAACGUUUCAUCGGCGAGAGAAGUAUCGUGAACAACCAAGGGCGCGGUUGUGGAGUUUGUCCACACUAUGGAAGACGAAGUUCCGACGAGCGACCAGUCGCGCAACGAAUUUGAAGAAUCCGAUCCAAAAAAUAGAGACCCAUUAGGCGUGGCAAAGGACGAAGCGACGAAAGAAACGUCUGAAGGAAGGACGGAUCCGAAGACCGCAACUUCCAAAGUGGGAAUUGAAGCCAGUGAGCGGACCAGUAACGAGCUGUCGUUGGGCGGCACAACAGGGGAACCGAGGACGAACUGAACUAGAUCCGUGGCUAAUCCUAUGUCCGGAAUCGAGGAAAGAUAGGUGAAUAGCACAUGAUCGAAAUUGUUGAGUGUGCCAAACUCGCGUGGAUCAGCGGCCGUGGAUGCUAGCGUCGGAAGUGUAGGGGCGCCUGGCAUGGCGCUGAGAGCCUCCCCGUAGUAUACGAUGACUCGUGGGUUGACGUCGCGAUUGAGAGCGACGGCUUGCUUCGCCGUUCCCGUUCUCGCGUCUGUGAACGGCAAGCGUAACUGGAGCAAGUCGAGCACACCGUAUAUUGGACGGUCCGGGAAGCAACUGGGGUCGAAUUGCGAAGCCGCCGAUGCCGGGGAUAAUGCAAAGACCGUGGAUUCGAUCGUAGCAAUGCGAGCGAGGGAGGUCGAGUUUAAUCCAGGAUAGCACGCCAGGGGAGGUGGGAAGGCGUUGGCGGAUGAGUUUGUAAGUAGUGCGGCAACGGAGUGCCCUCCGGGUGAAGAGGUUGCAUCAAACGGGAGUAAGACUGGAGCAACGCUGAGGCGUGAUCUGAAUAUGGCAAGAUCGUCCGCUUUCUGCUGUAACACGGAUUCCCAAUAGCGGAGAAGGGCAGUGGAGCGCUGAGUCGACGAGGCCGUAGCAAAUGUGUACAUGCGAUCGAGUGCCCCAUGGGCGACCGAUCCCACCCGAUCAAUCUGCUCUUGGCUGGGUUCGCCAGUCACCACGAAUGUUGCACUGGGCAUCGCAACGGUUUGGUUGGCAAAAUUCCAUAUAUAGCCGGAUUGAGCGAAUGCAAAUCGCCCGCUAGUGUCCGGCACGGGUCCAUCAGCGGCAGUACCUAGGUCGUCCCAGUCCGCCUUCCGGACAAAUGUCUGCAUGUUCCCGACUUGCGUCGUGUUGUGCGAGCGUAUAAGGUUCCAGAGCAGAGCAGAUUGCGCCCACUGUGUCCUAUUGGGGGCGGUAGUGGAAUCGAGAGCGGGGGCAACAUCAAUGAGCACAGCCUGUUCGGCGCAAUUACUCUUGGUAGGAGUCCCUUGUAUUUCCCAAAUUGCGGUGGCAACAUCGCUAUCGGAGAGGUUCGUGGAGAAGAGCUGGUUCAUCGUCGGUGUCCGUGUGAGGAUAGCCUGGGCGAGUUCCACGCAUUGGCUGCUAGAGGUUGAUACACAGACGCAAGUCGCAUCCAGAUCGCACGCGAGGCCAGUCAGGUUGCCACCACAAGAUGUCGUGGACGAAUGGUGUCGGCUGCCCAAGGUGACGCCGACCGCCGUGAAGAUGCUGGCCAGGACAACUCCUACACCCACACUGGCAAGCAGCCACACUCUUCUGUUCUUCCUCGAAGGAGAAUGGCUCCUAGGACUGUGUAGCAACGAACUCUCUUUUUCCCAAUUCCAAAAACCCGGUUUGCGGUUACGAGUAUUCAGGCCCGAACCAUCUGGGCGCGCUGUGGCGGUAGCGUGUACAACGCGGUCAGGAACCGUUCCGGCCUUCAUAUCCUCGUCAGACACGAUGUUGCCGAGGUGAACUUGGGAGAGGGAGGUCAAGCUCUGAUGUGGAUGAUAUCCUCGCUCGAGCAUGUUGGAUAAUGUACGUGCACGGCUAGUGAGCUCCGGAAGAGCGAGCUGACCAUCUUCGUUGCGAUAAACCUCUUCUUGGGAUAUGGGAAUGUUCGGGAGGAUCGGGACCGGCGGUAGUGGUUUACGUAUCCAGUUCGCAGGGCGGGAAUUUGAUAUGCGGGAAAUUAACGAUGACACUUUGCUCCUUGUCGUCUUCGUCGAGUGGAGAGAAUCUCGCCUCGCGAACUUUGAUCCCCUCCACGAAGGCUUCGUCGAGGAACCGGGAGGUGUUCUCCGAGCGGCGAGGGGCGUGUCCUCAUCGAUCGGUGCCUUGAUCCCGUUGAAUGCCUCUCGCAAAGGCGUCGAGCUACUGGUAGAGGACUGUGGACGGGUGAUGCCGGUAAGCGCGGACGGCCGAGCGCUCGCGUGAUCGGACAGGACUGACAUGCUUCGCAGCGGAUGGAAGACCGAACCUGCCUGCGAAAUGCCGAGCGGACCAAGUCCGCUCACGUCCGUUAGACCCGUGCUGUCGGACUGACGUUUUGAUCCAUCUGCUGUGCGCGGUCCCGAGGAACUGGGCUGCGGAUUGUGCCGUCCGUGUAGAGCGAAAGAUGAAGGAGGGUUCGAUCCGUCAAGUUUCGAUGACUCGCCAGGAUACGGAGAGCCCGCCGCGCCAGUGCGAGGCGGCGGAUAGGUAAUUUCGGAAGCAAGAGUAUCGACUAUGCUUCGUCCAUCAUUGACUCCUCUGCGUUCGUGCGAUAGCAUAGAAUAGCCUCCAUCAGACGGCGCGGAUGUCGAAGAUAGCAACUCUGUGAUGAAGGAUGUAGACAGCAUCCGCUCCUCCUGCGGGUCGACCUGAAUGCCCGAGGCGCCGUCAUGCCAGUGGGGCGAGAAAGAUCCCGCCGAGAGGAUGGAGGAGGCCGCGUCGUCGGGUCUAUGAUAUGCGAGCUGUGAACCGGGUGGAAUGGGUGGGGUGAGCUGCGAUGGACUACCGCUGGAGGAGUCGUCGGCGAUCGUGGUCAGUGUGGGUGCUUUGCCAGAGGGACCUCUUCGCACAAGCAGGGGGGCGGUCGUCGGCUGAGGAAGGGGCCGCCGUGAGUGAGAGGCUGGUGUCAUGGGGGAUCGCGGAGGGUAUGGGCUGGAAGGAGACGAAGCUGAGAAGACGGAGUGCGAUGGAGAUGGCGGAGGGAUCCCGAGGGGAGGAGUAGGGAACUGCGAGAGCCUCACUGGCUCCUCUCCGGUGGCGAACGAGCCGAAGCUGAUGGUGCUGUCUGCAACGCCUGACGCCUGCGUGUGGAGAGAAGGCAUCCGCCCAUGCCGAGGGAAGGCGGCGGGGGAAGGCGACGGCUUAUGACCGUCCGGGCUGCUCACGGACACCCGGUGGUCCAUGGUGGAAGAUGAUCACUUCGGGGAUGGCUGCUUUGUAUAUGGCCGCUCACAGCAUCACCCUGCCUUUGACAGCUGAGCUGAAACGGGCUGCUAGCCGUGAUGUGUGAUCUGGGGGACGUCUGCGGGCACGGCGCGGGGCUCAGAGGAUUCGCGGUUGAACGAGCGUGGGUUGGGAAAGAACGGAAGGUUGCUCGCGAC